CAACAAUUACCUAAACAAUUCGCACGAGAAAUUUUCAAUUUAUUUACUCAGAACAGAUAGAUGCCAUUAACCACUUCUUCACUCUUUGGUGGAGAGGGUGAUCCUAUCAUUAUACCACCCAAUAGUACCAUUCAAGUUAAUUUUAAUAUAGCAGGCGCAGGAGGAGUGUUGACAACUCUAGUUGCCAAUAUUCUGAUUGCCUUGUUGUAUAUGUUAUUAUUCUUUUUAUGUUGUAGACAAUUGUCUUUGUUCAAUCCGAGGAAAAAGAAGAAAUUAUUUGAUGAAUACAUGAGGGAUUUGGAAGAGGAAAAGGCUCAUCAGCAAGCUAAUGAAGAAGAGGAUUCAUCCCAUCAUUCUCAACAACAACAACAACACGUAGAAAAUAGUAAUAAUGAAUAUUAUACAUCGGCCAGUACAAUUACUAAUCAAAUUACGAGUGCCUAUCAAGAAGUUUCUAAUCAAUAUCCUUUUAAUCAAAUUCCAAAACUUCCUUCCGAACCAACAGAGAUGAAGAAGCACUUGUUAGGAAGAUUGAAGAUUGUAAUUUUGGAGGCUUUCAAUUCUACCAUCUUGUUCUUCCCAACAAUGCUUGCUCACUUUAGGGAGGGAAUUGUGUCCUUCUUUGUUCCUUCGAAGGCAAAACAGGAGAGAAAGAAAAUGAUGGCUCUCUAUGGAAAGGACAUUGUAAUUUACUUGUAUUUCCAACAAAUUAUACUUUAUAUCAUGUUGGUUUGUAGUAUAUUGGCUUGUGUGGUAUUGUUACCAAUCCAUCUUUCGGGUAAUCCUCCAAUAUUUGAGUAUUCUAUGAAUAAUAGUAGUAGUAGUUUCAAUUAUUUACCUUCUUCUGAUGACAUCUCUUUAUAUUCGAAUAGUGAUGUUUUGCAAAAAGGUAUUAAGCCAAUCAAGAAUUUAACGCAAGAGGACAAUAUAUUAUUGAGAACGACUGUUGAAAUGGUUAUUGACUCACCUGUUGCAUUGUAUGCUCACGUAGUUGUUGGUAUAAUUUCAAUUUGUGUUGGACUCUUCUUCUUUUUCCACUUUGUUUUUCAUGAGGUUGUUGUAGAGAAUCAAUCAAGAGAAGAAAUAGUACACCAAGAGGAUAGUAAUAUUAUUUCAUCACAAAAGGAUGGCCUAUUUGAAAUAUUCCAAGAAACAGAUAGCACUUCUAUUGCUAUUCAUAAUAAGGAGAAAUCUAUUGAUCCUAAAGAAAUUAUUUCUCCAUAUGUUGUCGUUGUAAAAGGAUUGCCAAGGGAAAUGACAAAUUUGAAGGAUUUUGAAUCGUUUGUUGAGAUUUACUUUAACGACAAUUUGAAAGUAGAUCAUGAGGACAGCAAAAUUUUGAGAUCAGUUUUGAUUUAUGACUUUAUCAAUAGAUUAACCAUGUCAGCAAUUUUAAAACAUAUUGAGGAAGAUUUGGAUCACUUUAUCCAUUUGAAGUUGGAAAGAGGAGAAGAAUUACUUUCCCUUAAGGAGCAUGUCAUCUUUGAUGAAGGUGUCGUGGAUUCCAAAAAUGUUCUUUCCCACUGCUUUGGUGUACAUACUCACGGAAAGAAAAUUAACAUGUUGAAUACUGAGGAAGCUAUUCAACAUUUAGAAACGAGAAAAAGGCUGAUCCGUAAGGAGGUCAGUAAAUGGGAUGCCUCAUACAACCAGUUACUUCAUACCAAAAAUAGAGAAAUUCCAAAAGUUAAUAGUAUUGACAGCUUUGAUGAUUCAAGUUUUAUGGAAGAUAUUCAAAUUGAGGACACUAAAGCUGAAGAAACCAAUAAUAAUGAUCCAAUAUCUUCAAUUUUCGUAAACAAUGAAGGAAUUAGCAGCAGUGGAGUUGCUUAUUUAAUUUUCAAGAAUACCUCUCAUGUUAAAGAUGUUUUGGGAAGAUAUUUGAAUAAUGAAAUUAGAUUACAAAAUAAUGUGAUUACCAUCCACCCAUUAGAUCAAGAACCAACUGAUAUUAACUGGUACACAGUUUGCAGAAGUUCUGGUUUGACAGGCUCAAGAUAUGAAGGAAUUGCAACCAAUAUAAUGAUCCAUCUUUUCUUGGUUCUAUUCUUCAUAGUUGCCUCAAGUCCUGCAUCAAUACUCUCUGCUAUUCAAUCACUUUUCAAUGUUGGUGUUGUAGAUAUGGAUAUUCAAAAAAUUCAAAGAGCCACAGGUAUUGUUGGAAGUAUUUUCUUCCAAUUCUUGCCAUCAUUCUUCCUCUAUUGGAUUUCUAGAUUAAUUGGUUUUGUUAUCAGUAAGGUAACCAUGCUUGGUAAAUAUGAUAGUAAUCAAGAGUACAAGAGAAUUUAUCUUCUCAGAAAGUAUUUCUACAUGGUUCUUACCAUUUUAGUCAUGCCAAGCUUGUGGUUGUCUUCUAUGGAUGGUAUUGUCAAUUAUAUCAAGACUGAAGAGAAUUUCCAAGAAAUGCUUGCAAAUAUCUUCCUUCCAGCAUCUGGUGCAUUGAUGGUAUCGACUGCUAUUCAGUAUGCAUUGAUUGGUAAUUUGGAUGACUUGAUUAGAACUGAAGAUGCUUUCUGGUAUAUUUGGAAAACAAAGCUUUCUCCUUACAGAAAGGCAAAAUCUCCUCUAGAGAAAUUGAGAGCUGCCACUGAUCAAUUCUAUUUUUCUGUUGAUACUAAUUAUGCAAAGAUUUUGGCUGUUUUCACUUUGUGCAUGUGUUAUUCAGUUUUUAUUCCAAUUAUUUUACCAUGUGGAUUAUUCUACAUGAUGAUGAAACAUUGGAUUGACAGGUAUUUACUUCAAGAAAUUUACACUGCUCCUGCUGGUUAUAAUUUGGACAUAAUUGAUAACAAACCAAAGGGAAUUGAUUUCAUUUCCAUUCAGAAGAAAGUUAUCCUCGUUGUGAAAGUAUUCAUUAUUGCACUUUCCAUGUCAGCUUGGUUUUUGAUUGUAUUCUUUGGUUUGAGAGUUUAUACAACAGCCGCAUUCUUACCACAUUUGAUUAUUAGUAUUGUGGUGUUUGUACUGCUAGUUUGCUUACUCUAUCUCAUUCAUCACAAUGAAGAUAAGAUUAUUAGAAAGAGAGUCAUGUCACAAGUUGAAAAACAAAAUCAUGAAGUCUUCCAUCAUUUUGCAACAAACACUGCAUUCUGUACACCUUUUGAAAAGAAAUAA